AUGGCCCAUCACUAUCAUCAUCCCCAACAAUGCUCUAUACUCAUGAACGUUCUCUUCACACUCCUCUUCGCAUCCCUAUCCUCCUCCCUUACCCCCAACGACAACCAAAACCAUGCCACCCUCCUCCCCUUACCAAACCACAUAAUAACCCAAUUCCCCAACCCCACCUGGCUAGAAAACAUCGCUGUGCGAUCAAAUGGGGACCUUCUCACGGAAUCUGCUCCCACAGCCAGCUUGCACCUCGUUUCCAACCUGGACCUAAAUCACCAUUCCUAUUCUUCCAAGAGCAACGGCAGCGGUUCAACAACCAAAAGGAAAACCACCCAUACCACCGCCAGCAACAGCAACAGCGACGCACACGAAACAACCCCGAAAAUCAAGUCCAUAACCCAGCUCACCCAAGCCCUCCUCCCCAACGGCGUAACCUCCCUACCUCCACCCGGUAACCCCAACACCGUCCUAAUAGCCGAUUCCUUCGCCGGCCUAGUCUGGUGUCUCGACAUCCCAUACGGGUGA